AUGCCCUCAAAAAAGUCCAAGAUAGUAAUAGCCUUCGACCUCUACGGCACGAUCCUCUCCACCGACUCCAUCACAAAGGACCUGGCGACCCACCUCAACACCAACAAGUCCAAGGCCCAGGCCGUGGCGGCCAAGUGGCGCCAGUACCAGCUCGAGUACACGUGGCGCGUCACCGCCAUGGGCACCUACAAGCCCUUCGACAAGAUCACGCGGGCCGCGCUGCGCCACGCGGCCGCCGAGGUCCUGGACGGGGUCGACGUCCCGGACGAGGCGGCGGAGCGCCUCAUGGCCGCCUACGACGCGCUGGCCGUGUUCCCGGACGUGCCCGCCGGGCUGAGGGCCAUCCAGAAGCACCAGAAGCACCAGCAGGGCGGCCGGCCGGCCGUCGAGGCCGUCGUGUUCAGCAACGGCACCGAGAGGAUGCUGAGCACCUCGGUGUGGUCGUCGCCGGACCUGAGGCCGUUUGUGAGCGGGGGCGGCGGCGACGGGCUGUUCAGGAAGCUCGUCUCCGUCGACGAGGUGCGCACGUACAAGCCCACGGCCCAGGCGUACAGCCACCUGCAGGCGGAGGCGGACGAGGACAACGAUGCCGUGGUGUGGCUUGUUAGUGCGAACCCGUUCGACGUCGCCGGGGCGCGGAGCGUCGGGCUGAGGAGCGCGUGGGUCGACCGGGCUGGCACCGGGUGGGUCGACCGGCUCGGGGAGGCCAUCUUCGGGGUCGGGGAUGACGUGCGGAAGCGGCGGGCGAGGCCCACUGUCAUCGCAAAGGGUGUGGAUCAGGCGGUCGAGGAGAUAUUGAAGAUUGGUAUAUGA